AUGAAAUGCUUACAAUUGAAACUUCUAACGCCGAACAAUCCCGUCGAUCGUUUGGAAAAUGUCAGUCAAAUCAUUUCAAAAUUACUCCAAGGAUACGAUAUACGAUUACGACCAAAUUUUGGAGGUGACCCAUUGUACGUUGGAAUGGACAUGACGAUAGCAAGUUUCGAUUCUAUAUCUGAAGUAAAUAUGGAUUACACAAUCACAAUGUAUUUAGAUCAAUAUUGGAAAGAUGAAAGAUUAGCAUUUAGUACGGAUGAUGAAACAUUAACGUUGGCGGGUGAUUUUGCUGAAAAAAUUUGGGUACCUGAUACAUUUUUUGCAAACGAUAAAAACAGGUACGGGUUUAGGUUUCUUGUUAAACCAAAUAAACUUGUUCGUUUAAAUGGCGAUGGUAGUAUAACCUACGGUAUGCGUUUCACGACAACGUUGGCAUGCAUGAUGGAUCUUCAUUAUUAUCCUUUAGAUUCACAAAAUUGUACCGUAGAAAUAGAAAGUUAUGGAUACACCGUACUUGAUGUUGUCAUGUAUUGGAAAGAUACUCCGGUAAGAGGAGUAGAAAAAGCUCAAUUACCACAAUUUACAAUCAUAGGCUACGAAACAAAUGAUAGAAAAGAAAGUCUUGCCACUGGAAUUUAUCAAAGGUUAUCACUUUCUUUCAAAUUACAAAGAAACAUUGGAUAUUUUAUAUUUCAGACGUAUCUUCCAUCGAUAUUAAUUGUCAUGUUAUCAUGGGUAUCUUUUUGGAUAAAUCAUGAAGCAACAAGUGCAAGAGUAGCAUUGGGUAUAACCACGGUACUAACAAUGACAACGAUAAGCACGGGUGUGAGAAGUAGCCUACCUAGAAUCUCAUAUGUCAAAGCCAUUGACAUAUACCUUGUUAUGUGUUUUGUAUUUGUAUUUGCUGCUCUUUUAGAAUAUGCUGCUGUCAACUAUACAUAUUGGGGAGCAAGGGCAAAAAAUAAAUCAAAAAAAAAUAAAGAUAAUAAUAAUAAGAGUCAAGAGGCUUCCAGUAGUUCUGGAGGAUUAUCUAAUGAAGAGAUAAUAGAAUUACAAGAAGUUCAAAUGUCACCCAUUCCCAGCAUCAGGUACAAACAUAAUCAACAUUCGUGUACAGGUUUAGAUGACUCGACAAAAUUUCCACCGAGUUUUCGUAUGAGUCGAACUAGUUUGUACAGGCCCAAUUCAGGGGGUUUGAGAUUUAGAGGAAGUAAAACAGUGCCAGUAAGUAAUAAGCCGAAAGUUUUUCACGCCAUUAAAAAAGGUGCAGCAGCUUUGAAAAAUUCAAUGCCGAAAAUCAAAGACGUUAACAUCAUAGAUAAAUAUUCAAGAUUUAUAUUUCCGGUUUCGUUUAUUUUAUUCAAUGUCGUUUAUUGGACAUUUUAUUUUUUGAGCAAUGAGUAG